CUCUCGGCUAUUAGAAUCGUUGUUGAGGCUGGUUUGUUAGUUUGCUUCGGUAGAAUGAUGCAGAGUUUUGUGGAAUAAGUCACGCACUGUGCCGAGUUUGGCACUCUCUGCUUCACACACGGUCGAAAGUAAUGACGGCCACCGUUAAUCAAACCUGUUUUCGUAAUGAUGAUUCUGGACAAGACAACGACGACGGUGAAUCGCGAAUAUAUUCAAUAAGCACGGUUAUGUUUCUUAGUUCGAUUGAAAGAGAAUUGGAAUCAGUGAGAAACGAUUUUCGUUGAGUAAAUUACAACAACUGCAAGGUGGAUUAGCUGGGGAAUCCUAGCUGACCUGUCUGCCAGUUCUCGUUCGCAUGCGAAGAGCAAACCUGUUGCUGGUUUAUCCACGCGAGAGAGUCCACCAAGAGCAACGAUCUGCACAUGUGAGCGCGAGCGGUCGCAACUUCGUCACCUCUGGGAAAGCAACACGAUCAGUUUUCGUCGCAGCAUUCUUCAGGAGACUUGAUAUUUUAUUUAGAUGGUUCAUCUAUUGGGUGUUAUUGCUAGCUAGAAAAUUCGUCAGUUUUAUGCUGUGUGGCCUCGAAUCGAAAUUGGUUGUGUUGUAAUUGGCAGCGCAAUUAAAUCUUUCGAGAUGGCGCCCAGUGAUGUGCUGAUUAGUUCUGUGUUGUGUUUGCUAAUUUCUAGCAGUGGAUUGACCAAUGGAUUAAGCUCCAGUGAUAUUGUAGAAGAUGAUGUGAACUUUUGGAAAAGGGACAGCAGACAGAUCAGUUACGAUCUUCAGCCCUAUGGACAGCAACCGAAUCUAUUUGCUCAAGUAGCAGCAAACACCGCCAAUGUACUAUCAAGUGUUAAUAGGCAAAUUCAAUCAAACUUUGAUCAAUUAUCGAUGCCCUUUGGAAAAUCAGGAGGGUUAUAUACUGUUGAGAUACAAUUUGAUAAUGGUAAUCCGAUAGGGUACGGUCAAAAUUCGUACGGAUAUGCUCCACAAAAUCAAUACGGUUUUUCUCCACAAACGUCCUACGGGUAUCCACCACACGGACAAUCAUAUCCACCGCCACAUGGUGGACAUCCCCCGGGACAUCACGAAAAUUCAUAUCAUCAGCACGGUCCACCCCCACCACAUGGUCCACCGCCGCAUCAUGGGCCACCUCCACCUCAUGGUCCACCGCCACAUCAUGGUCCACCCCCGCCUUAUGGUCCACCCCCGCCACAUGGUCCGCCACCACCACAUGGCGGACAUCAUGGAAGUGGGCAUCAACCACACGGCCCACCACCGUACGGUCAACCACCAUUAUAUGGAGGUUCCUAUCCCCAUCAUCAUGGGCACUCGCACAACCCCGCCCAUCAUUAUGAACCAGCGAAUAAUAAUCAGUACAACCCCCAGCCAGGAAUCUUACCACAAAACCCUAAUGAACCGUUCCACCAAAACCCAAAUAAACCUCUGAGUCCAGAUGCAACAACAACUCCAAAAACUAUCCCAGCUCCAGCUCCAGAGGUAACUAAGGCACCACAGCCUAUUACUGCACCACCACCAACACCAGCACCCGCACCACCGCCAGUGGUCAUUCCCUUAUCCACUACUACAACUUUACCUCCUCCGAUAGCAACAUCUCCCUCUGCAGAUAUCGACGAUGUCACAUACGAUAUCGACAUUCGCGGAGAAUUCAACGAUAGCGCGACAGAACGAACUCGUCGUCAAGUGUUUCCAAAUCUGUUUAGCUUAAUCGGAAACCUCGUGCAAGCUGGCGAAAAUCUGGCAAACCCCGCCAACUAUCAGCAGCCAAAUCGACAACCUCUUCUGUCGGUAUUGGGAGCCUUCGGGCAACAGCAACAGGUUCCACAGGGGUCAGGAGCAUUCAAUGGUUUCCAACCGCCGCAACCUCAACCACAACCGCAACCCCAACCCAGGCCACAACCUCAAAGUCGGCCUCAACUUCAACCUCAGCCUCAACCUCAACCCCAGUCUCAACCACAACCCCAGCCACAACCCCAACCUAGUUCUCAAUUCCAACAACAACCUAAACCUGCGCCACUACCUGUAGUUCCACUACCUCCUCCGUCACCAGCGGACUCCAACCUUGGAACAAACUUCUCUGAACUUAACCUGCAGCAGCUCGGAAACACCGACUUCACCUGGACUCACGAUAACAUCCGUGCCACUCGUCGAGUACGACGCGAUUCGGACGCCAUCGUUUUUCCGAAGGACGAUGAUGAGGAUAGAGAUUUUUCAAUACGAAUACCACCCAACAAACCGGGCAAACAACCUUCCACGGGUUCGCAAGCCGGCUCGCAGUCAACGUCCCAUAACCUCUGGGGUGGGUUCCAGCAGAGCAGUGGUUCACAGUCACAGUCGCAGUCCACCCAAAACGAGCUGGGCUCCUUCAAUCAAAACUCCGCCGGCAGUACGUCCGGUAACGUUGCGGUCGAUGGAAGCUCCGGCCAGCUGAGCGCUGCCAACACAAUGCAGCAGAGUUUUCAAACGGCUGACUCCUCCGGUAGUAAAAACACUGCCCAAAGCCAGUCUGCCAAUUUCGACAAGCAUGGAAACCUAGCACUAACAUCCUCCAAUGCCAACACAAACUCCAUCCUGGAGAAGGACAAAUUCAAGGAACAGUCGAACGCAGGUUCGUCAUCUACCCUUCAAAACCAGCAUGGAACCUCCUCCAGCAAUGCGCAGACCGAUUCGGAGACGUUCUUCGAGAACGGGCUUCAGGGUAACAAAAACACGGCCUCAAGUCAGUCGUUACAGACGAACAAAGAUGGAUCAGUUUCCGGGUCUAAUGCCAACACGCUGAGCAACACUUUUACCGGUCCAAACGGACAACAGGGAUCGUCUUCUUCCAGCCAGUCCUCGAGUUUUAACAAGGGUGGAGGAGCAGCUAGCGGUGCAGCUGGUGGAGCGUCAUCGUCCUCGUCGAGUUCUUCCGCGUCGAGCUCCAGUGGCAGUGGCAGCGGUUCGUUCAGCAUAAGUGGGUCUUUUGCCGGAUUGCCACAAUUCGGGACCUUUCCGAAUUUGUUUCAACAACUGCAAGGUCAACUAGGGCGAUUACAGAACCAUUAAAUGUGGGUAAUAUAUGAAAUUAAACACAGUAAAAUUUGUUUGAAAAAAUAAAGAAAACACACUCGAGGGGAAUUCCACGGGCUCAAAAUGGGAGAAUUAUUAUUUAAUUUCACUUUGGGCACCCAAAUUUUCGAUAAAAAUGAAUCAUCAAAUGUAUUUUUUUAUCAAAUCUUCAGGAAAUGGCACAUUUAACUUUGGUCUUACAAAAUUUACGGAUAUUCUGAGGUUGCAGCCUGGGUUGUUCUAGUUCUAGGGGAAUUACAAUAAAAGAGGAAACAUUU